CGCUUCUUGGAGCUCGCGCCUCCUGCGGCGUCGUGGUCCCUGGUGAGCCGCAGCGGGCCAGUGCCAUGAUCCGACAAGACCUCUCCACGUCCUACCAGGAGCUCAGCGAGGAGUUGGAGCAGGUGGUUGAGAACUCAGAGCAGGCGGACGAACGAGACAAAGAGCUGGUCCAAGUUCAAGGUCCAGGUGUCGUGCCAGGCGUGGACAACGAGUCUGCCUCCAGCAGCAUCCGCUUUAGCAAGGCCUGCCUGAAGAAUGUCUUCUCCGUCCUGCUCAUCCUCAUCUACCUGCUGCUCAUGGCAGUGGCUGUCUUCCUGGUCUACCAGACCAUCACAGACUUCCGAGAGAAGCUCAAGCACCCUGUCAUGUCCGUGUCUUACAAGGAGGUGGAUCGCUAUGAUGCUCCAGGGAUUGCCUUAUAUCCUGGACAGGCUCAGCUGCUCAGCUGUAAGCACCACUAUGAGGUCAUUCCACCCCUUGCCAGCCCCGGGCAGCCAGGAGACAGGAACUGCACCACUCAGAGGAUCAAUUACACCCACCCCUUCUCCAAUCACACCAUGCAGUCAGCCCUGAUUGUCCAGGGGCCCCAGGACGUAAGGAAGCGAGAGCUGGUGUUCCUCCAGUUCCGCCUGAACCAGAGCAACGAGGACUUCAGCGCCAUAGACUACCUCCUCUUCUCUUCUUUCCGGGAGUUCAUGCAAAGCCCGGACAAGGCAGGCUUCAUGCAGGCCUGUGAGAGUGCCUACUCCAGCUGGAAGUUCUCCGGAGGCUUCCGCACGUGGGUCAAGAUGUCACUGGUGAAGACCAAGGAAGAAGAUGGGCGAGAAGCUGUUGAGUUCCGACAAGAGACCAGCGUGGUUAAUUAUAUUGACCAGAGGCCGGCAGCUGAGAAGAGUACUCAAUUGUUCUUUGUGGUGUUUGAAUGGAAAGAUCCCUUCAUCCAGAAGGUCCAGGAUAUAAUCACGGCCAAUCCUUGGAACACCAUCGCCCUGCUCUGCGGGGCUUUCCUGGCGUUAUUUAAAGCAGCAGAGUUUGCCAAACUAAGCGUGAAAUGGAUGAUCAAAAUCAGGAAACGAUACCUUAAACGAAGAGGUCAGGCAACAAACCACAUAAGCUGAAGCCCCCGUGCCACAGCACUCCGACAAACCGAGCCACCAGCAAUCCUGUACUCACUUGAAGGGACCUUGCAGGGAAGGAGCCUGUCACACUGGAUGCUCAAACCUUGCCCAGGAGGAAACUGUCCUGAGCCCAAAGGGAAAUACCCAGUGAAUAACCGGAAACUUAUUUAAGUAUUUAAAUUAUUACCGGACAUUUUGCAGAGCUGCCUAGUGCCUUGGAGAGGUUUGCAGAAGGCGGCUUCCUCCUAUUUUGGUCAUUAAAUAGUUAAGCUCCAGGUUAAGGCUUCUUCUUUACCUUAGGAUUUUUUUUUUUUCUUUAAAGUGGACUGAUGUGCCCUGUAUACAAAAUUCCUUUUAUACCAUCUACUGUUACUUAACAAGAACUUGUUAGAGCCUAGAUCAGACUUUUUUUUCUUAUCCGUAGCCCUGGUAGAAUCACUGUGUAGACCAGGCCUGCCUCUACCUUCCCACUGCUGGAAAUAAGAGCCUUACACCACUCCCCCCAGCUUUACGUGAAACCUUAAAGGUUACUAGAAACAUGUGGUUGUAUUCUGAUGUGCUAGAUGCACUAGCACAGAUGUAUACAGUAGGCACCUACUUAGCGUAUCCUGAUUUCAUUAACAGGUAAAUAAAGUUGGGCUAGCACAAAAGGGAUGAGUGUGAAUACCCAGUAAACCAGCAGGCAGCAACAGUGGACGAUGAUGCUAUGACCAGCAAACCCAGAAGGUAGCAUGAGACUGGACUGCAGCAAAAUGGCUCUGACCCAGCCUAUGUCACUGCUAACGGGGAGGUAAGCUGGGCACUGACGACAACAGGUGGCCAAGAGGGACACACCACAUAAGGUAGUCAUGGGUCCUACAGAAACUCAUACCUAAAAGGGUGGCCUUUAGGGCUUUGACAAACAGCACCCGCAUAAAGCCAAAAACUCAGUUUUCCACUUGUGGCCAGAGGUAACAGUAACGUCGAAGAAUUUGUAAUUAGGCCUUAGGGAAUCGGACGUGAACUGCUCACAGGUGUAAGGACAUUUUUGUCUCUAGAAAUAAACUUGUAUAGUGAAAUGUU